AUGGUCGCACCAUCGGGGGACGCCAGCAACAGUCUUACGAGGACUUCGUUGAGGGAUCACUUGAACGAUGUACCCGCUCGUCCUACGUUCUCUGAUGCACUCGAACAUCGAGCGUUUAUAAAAUCCCACCUGGCUCAAGCAUACCGUAUCUUCGGUGGGUGUAUCUAUGGCUAUGACGCAGGCCUUGCUGGACACAUGACUUACUUGUCAUGCCAAGAUCAAAAUCAUAAUAUUCACCACUUGCCCCAAAAUGUUCACUUCAAGCUCGUCCAGCCUGAGCUCCUCCUUCUCGUAGACCACGAAGGUAAAAUACAGGAUAAGGAAUCUGGGCCUAUUCGGUCCCUCAAUAGGUCGGCAAACAUGAUACAUUCAGCGAUUCAUGAAGCUCGCCCAGAUGUCAUCUGUUCUGCGCAUUCGCACACCGCGUAUGGCAAGGCGUUCAGCACCCUUGGGGUGCUGCUUGAUCCCAUUAACCAGGAUAGCUGUGCUUUUUAUGAGGAUCGUGUGUUAUUCAGCGAAUUUCAUGGCGCCGUCGAUGACCGUGAGGAAGGACAUGCUGUUGUUUGUGGUCAAUUAGAAACAGACUUCAAAUACCCCCAGUAGUCUGUCUCAGAGGAGGCUGUCUGGAAUGAUGGCAUCAGGCUCAUCUGGGUGACAUGCGAAGCGAGAAUUAGUAACGG